AUGGCCACAGCAGUGUCCUCGCGAAGUUUGGCACCCAAUUCUUCCCUACCCGCCAAAGUUCAACCCAUACCUCCCAAUCAGACGCUCUACGUUACGAACCUUCCGUCGUCGAAAAUUCAGAAAGCCGAUCUCCGAACAGCGCUGUACCUGCUGUUCUCAACAUACGGACCAGUACUCGAUGUCGUGGCACUAAAAACCAUGGAUAUGCGUGGCCAGGCACAUAUCGUCUACCGUGAUGUGCAGACAGCUACCCAGGCAAUGAGAUCCUUGGAGGGUCAAGAGUUCCUGGGUCGGAAUCUUAAAAUCCAGUACGCCAAGUCCAAGUCGCAUUUUGUUGCCAAGUUGGAUGGAAGCUUUAAGAUGCCAAACUCGUACGGUGCAGCCGUUGUCGAACAGACUCGGUUGCAGCAGAGUAUUUUCAAUGCUCCACCUCCUGGGACUGCAACACCUGCAACUGCACAAACCAAGCCCCCAGUUGCCGCAGACCACGUCAUGAAGGAUGCCGGCACACCGGAGAGCCGAGGUCAAAAACGAACACGGGACGAGGAAGACGAAGAGGAUAGCGAAGGAGACGUGUCAAUGGAGGCAGACAGUGACGACGAAUGA